AUGGUAAACCAUAGCCAACCUGGCUUUGUUGCCUUACCGCCACCGACACACGAACUAAAACCAUUUACAUACGCUCCCCUCGACUACCUGCAAGCUUCGCUUCGAUUAGUUCGCAUCCUUGAAGCGAAGUCACCCGAAGGCUACAUUCAGUGUGAGGUUCGCCACGCAACGAUCGAGGCGUCCUACAUCUGUCUCUCAUAUGUAUGGGGUGAGGAGGGACCAGGACAUACUAUUAUCCUUGACAAACAACCCUUCCGCAUUCGGAACAACCUCUAUGGCUUUCUAGUAACGGCGAGGCGGAAACGAAGACUAUUAGAAAAUUGGUUAUGGAUCGACGCGUUGUCAAUUGAUCAGACCAAUGUUGAGGAGCGUAAUCAUCAGGUACAACAAAUGGGACAGAUUUUUUCUCGAGCGAAGGAGGUGCUGUCGUGGCUUGGAAAUAAUCCAGAGAUUGCUGCAUAUCUAGACAGGGUUGAGCAAGCGUACAUCCAAGGGAAAGACGUCCAUCUAAAUCAGUUAUCACUUCCUUACCGCGGAACCAUGGAAUAUUAUCAACAACUCGAGUUCCACCAAUCUGAAUACUGGAAACGAGCUUGGAUUACACAGGAAGUGGCGCUUGCAUGUCAGGUCACAUUAUGUGCAGGGCUUGCGGAGAUGACUUUUGAGUUGUUCCCGUUUACGUAUCUCGACGGCAUGCCACCAACUGACGACCUGGGGACUGGAAAAAGAACCGGACUCAAGGGUCGAAGUCUAAUCUAUUUGAUCUAUUUCUUCAAGGCUAAGGAAUCACACUAA